GCACGCCUCCCCAAGACAUUUCCCUCGAGCCGACCCCAUCGUCUUCCCUCCCAUACCCCAUCAACAUUGUUUGCUUGCUUCCAUCCCGCCUCUCGGCGCAGGACCCACGUUCAAGACAAUGUCUGUGCCGACUGCAUACAAGCCCUCGCCCCUGGGCUAUGGCUCAUCCCCCACCCGCAGCUCUCCGUUUCGACGAGCCGAGUCGCCCGCUUCACCCUCGCCGCUUCGACACACAACACCUACCGGAUCACCAAGCAAGUCUGGGCCCUUUGGCAGUUCGACAUCCAGAUUCGCCAGGCCGACGACGCCCACGAGUACGCAGCCUAGUUGGACUCCCAAAGCCAAGACCCCCGAAGUAGACAUGGCUUCAUCCCCUCCACGAAUGGGCGCCGUUCGGACACCUGUGUCGAAGUCGCUUGGGCAUGGCGGUGCUUUAUCACAACUGCAGCCCGCGCAGGUUCGCACACUACGGGAUGGCUUCCAGAUUCUAGAUCGGGAUUGCGAUGGCGUUGUCAACCGCGAAGACGUCGCCGACAUGCUCAGCCAGCUCGGACUACCUUCCAGCGCAUCUGAUGUCUCGAAAUUCUUCCCCCCAUCCGCUCCUCAAACCAUUGCCCUUGCAGCUUUCCUCAACUCGCUGGCCGAGGCAUUGGUAGCGCUCUCACCAAGCGCUGAACUGCUCUCCGCCUUUUCGGCUUUCGACGACGAUGACAGCGGCCAGGUGGAUUUGAAUGAGUUGCGAAACGCAUUGCUCGAGACCGCACCCGAGCCCGGCGAGCGGGCGCUGACAUCAGCGGAUGUGGACAAGAUCAUGAGUGGAUUCACCGGGCGACGAGCCUUCAACCGGAAUAUGAACGCCCACCUCGGCGCCAAGCGAGGUGAGGUGUUCAAAUACCAGGAGUUUGUCAACUCUAUCAUGGGGUCCAACGGUGGCUCCGAGAACCAGUCAAAUGAGAACUCGGAAGACUAAGCGUCUCGUUCAUCAGGUCUAUUAGGUUGUAUGUACAUUACUGCGAAGGGACUGGGUUGGGUAUCGGCUGGUCGGGUAUUGAUUGGUAUUGGAAAUGAGCAGGUUAGUGGGACUAUAAACAGGAGCAAUCAUGAUCAGCAUACUUGUGAAAAGCAAACGUGGCUUGCAGCAGGCCCAGC